AUGUCUGCCAACGCCCUGAACAAGAUCGCGCCCAACAGCCCCUCGAGGCAGAGCCCUUCGGAGAUCGAGACCAGCAUCGCCAACGCAAUCAAUGGGCAUGCGACCGCAGGACUAACCAUUGCGCAGGCGUUGACUGACCUCGAGAACAAUGUCCCCGACCUGAAGAGCUCUCUGCGCCCUCUGCAGUUCGUCUCUGCCCGCGAGAUCGAAGUUGGUCACGGACGUAAGGCUAUUGUCAUCUUCGUCCCCGUCCCUCUCCUCCAGGGCUGGCACAAGGCCCAGCAGCGUCUCACCCGUGAGCUCGAGAAGAAGUUCUCUGACCGCCACGUCCUGAUCGUUGCCUCCCGCCGCAUCUUGCCCCGCCCCAAGCGCUCCAACAGGUCCCGCACCAGCCAGACCCAGAAGCGCCCCCAGUCCAGGACUCUCACCGCUGUCCACGACGCCAUCCUGUCCGACCUCGUCUACCCCGUCGAGAUUGUUGGCAAGCGUCUCCGCACCCGUGAGGAUGGCUCCAAGAUCCUCAAGGUCGUUCUCGACGAGAAGGAGCGUGGUGGUGUUGACUACAGGCUCGACACCUACACCGAGGUCUACAAGCGCCUCACCGGCAAGGGCGUCAACUUCGAGUUCCCCCAGUCCGCUGCUGAGUACUAG